AUGCUGGGAAGAGGGACGAGCAACGCGAAUGUUGGUGCGAAUAGCUCAAUCUCCAAAGGCUCUCCCCUGGAUCCUUCCGCCAUCACCACCGCUCUCUCACUCACCACCGGUCCAGUAGUGAUAAUCAGCACACUCGGUCAGACCCGCACUUCCGGAAACCAUUUUUCUGCAACAACCUCUCCUCUCUUCAUGUCUCAAUCUGCAACCGCUGUCAUCAAAGCAGUAAAGGCCUCAAACAACAAAGUCCUAAAGGUUAUCUUGAUGUCGAUGUUUGGCGCUGGAUCCUCAUUCAGGAAUCUCAAUUUCGUCAUGCGAGCAACAAUGUUGUUUUCAAAUAUGAAACAGACCCUCGAGGAUCAGAAUGCCGUCGAUCAGAUUAUCAAGCAGAGUAAAUUGAGAUUCGUGAUGCCUAGACCUGCUAUGCUGAAAGGCGAUGUUGCAUUGCCGGUGAAACCAUAA